UCAAUUGACAAAUAACAAACCUGGUACCAUAGACUUAGUAUAAUAUAUACUUCAUAAUCUAAGUUUAUUACUAUACCUACUUAUUUCAUAAGCCUCACUUUAUUCGUUUCUACAUUCAAAUAAAGAACUAAUAUCUGUCAACUGACAAAUCAACAAACCUAGUGUUGUUGAUAAGUCAUAAUAUAAUAUAUAAUUAUACUAAAUCAUGUACGAUCCAACACCAAAAAAUGCUAAAUCAAAAAAAAGCAGACUCGAUACGAUCAAUCAAAACGAGGAGGGCAAGCGUCCUAAUGUCUCCAAAGUGCAUUCCCACUUUCUAGUUCCCUCCGAGAAGUUGGAUAAAGUGACCAGACGAGUCAUCGCUCCUUAUGCUCAGAUAGAGAGGAAGGGAUUGAAAGACGAGGAAUAUAGAGAGGGGCGAUAUUUAGAUAUAAACAGAUUCAAUGUCUUCUUGGAAGACACUGUGGAUCUCGACUCAUUGCUGUACGAAACGGCUAUGGUCUUAAAAACGAUUACUGAUAGUUCUGGCGUUUUCGUCUACAUUGUAGACACGUUAAAAAAUGAAAUCGUAAUGAUGCCACACAACACCAAGCUACCAGAACGUCAUGAAGUUAAUAUACCUAUUGAGGAAGGUAAAGUAGCGGCUGCCCAUGUGGCAGCAACCAAAGAGUUUCUACUUCUAGAAGAUGUGCAGCGUGACCGGAGGUUCGCGGAAGGUCUCAAGUGGGUAGAUGCAAAGGUCGCACUACUGAUGCCAGUGGUGAAGCCUGACGGAGAGUGUUAUGCUGUGCUGGAAUUGUAUAGAACUUCCACAGAAGUUUAUGACGAAAACGUCGUGUAUACAGUGGUGAGUGUAGCGUGCUGGGCCGGCGCUGCGGUCCACCAGGCGCAAGCGAGGGUCACUCUGCAGAAGACUGCCCAUCUUAAUUGCGAACUGCGCACGCUGCUGCAAAACUAUUUCUGCGACUUGGCCUCCAUUGACACAAUGCUAACCGAUAUGUUGGCCAUAGUGAAGUCGUUUAUGGGCGCCAUGAGGAGCAGUUUUUUCAUCAUCGACAGAGAUCACGUCGGUGAAAACAUACAAGCUGACAUGUGGGAUGAUGGAUGGACAUCGGAGAAGACCACCAUGCCAAAAAAGAGAUUAAAAAUAAAUCUAAGCCAAGAACAAACUCCAGCAGGCUAUGUGGCCAGAACAGGAGAGUCACUAAACGUGCGAGACGCAUACAUAGAUCCCCGGUUCGUGAAGGAAAUAGACCCAACAACGGGAACAGUCGUACGAUCAUGUCUCGCUGCACCGAUUGUAGACAAACAUGGAGUCAUUGGUGUAGUGCAAUUAACAAAUAAAAGUAAUGCGCUGCCAUUCAACGCAGAAGAUGAGACUAUAUUUAAAGUAUUCAUCAGUUAUUGCUCCCUGAUAGUGCACUUUUACCAUAUGCAACAAAAGAAGAUUUAUCACGAUAAUUUGAACAAAGUGUAUUCUGAUUUGAUGAGUCUACACCUGAAGCCUUGCAAACAUGACAUGGAAGAACUGAUAGAGACAAACGGUAUGGUACUGCCGCCUAACAAUUUCAAAUCUUACGAUUAUCACAUAAGCGACGGCAGCAAAGAAGACAUGCCAGGACUCAUCUGCUAUAUGUUCAUGGAGACAUUCGCAGACCGCAACUUCGACAGGAAUCAGCUGGCAGACUUCGUGUUCACAAUACUAAACUGCUACCGACACAAUCCGUACCACAACGCGGAGCACGCCUUCUAUUUCACCCACACCAUGUAUUUAAUACUGCUCAACAAUUCUGGAUACUUCGAUUUUGUAGAGACGGUAGCGCUGAUGCUGGCAGGGCUGUGCCACGACCUCGAUCACCCCGGCUACAACAACAACUUCCUAUCUCUCUGCAAACAUCCUCUAGCCCAAAUGUACAAGUCGUCCAUGCUUGAAUAUCAUCAUUACUUUCUUGCAAAGAAAAUUAUUGAGGACAAAAAUAUCCUCGCCAGGAUACCAGAUAUGGACCGUGUGCGUAUAAUGGAAGAGAUAAAGUACGACAUCUUGUGCACAGACCUGGCCGUCUACUUCCAGAUACGAGCCCAACUCACGCCUCUAGUCGCGGACCAUGCUUUUGACUGGACUGAUAACUCACAUCGGCGGAUGUUAAAGGGUAUAUUAAUGACAACGAGCGACUUGUCUGGUUGCUGCAAGCCCUUUGGUGUAGCGAAGGCAAUAGCCCAAUCAAUUUAUGCUGAGUUUUAUAAUCAGGGAGACAAAGAACGUGCUAUGGGCUACACGCCCCUCAGCAUGAUGGACCGGCGGCGGCGCGUCAACCAGCCCGCCGAGCAGAUCCAGUUCCUCUCCGUGGUGGUGCUGCCGUGUCUGAUGCUACUACAAAACAUAUUCCCCAAUACUGUGCCGCUCAUUGACAACUGCAGAAAAACCCAAGAGGCGUGGCACGAAGAGAUCGAGAUCAGAGGACAGAAGCUGUGGCGACAGGACGAUUCGCUGCCGAGCACUGCGCGAGGACAGUUCCUCAUCAACAAGUCUGAUCGAGAUAUAUAAUAAUUAUUAAAUCGUAGAUUAUAUAAAUAGAGUAUCGAGUCUCAAA